AAAAACCCAAGUCUUCAACCAGACUUCCCGUCCCCAUCUUCGCGACCAAUUCCGGCCGGCGUUCCUCCCCCUUCCCGUCGUCGAUCCCCCGACUCCGUGGCCGACAUGCGCGAUCCGUCGGAGAUCCGCAGCCUCCCCAUCGACAUCGCCUUUGCCCGCCUCCAGGAGUGGCUGGUCGACCGCAAGCGGGUGCCUCAAGACUGGAGGAAGCGCCUCGCCGCCAUCCGCGCCCGCCUGGCCGCCGCCUUCGCGUCCCUCCCGCGGGAUCUCCACCCUUAUCUCGUCACCCUCGAACUUGAAGAAAUUGGGUAUCUUGAAGCGAAGAAGAUAUACAGCAUACUCCUGGAAUCCAACACGGAGAGUAGGAACAUAUUUGGUCGCUUGACAGGCUCCGCGGGAGAAUGGGAAUCAAUUGUUAAAGCUUAUGAGAAGGACCAUGUUUUCCUUGGAGAGGCCGCUCAGAUCAUGGUCCAGAAUGUGAACUAUGACAUACCAUAUCAGAGGAAGCAGAUGCAGAAGACUCAGCAGCAGCUUGCGGAACUAGACCGAAGGGAGGCUGACAUUAAGCGGCUUGCUGCUCUGUCAGCAACUAGGUAUGCAGAAGCUUGCCAGGAGCUCGGUUUGCAGGGAAUAGAUGUGCGGGAAGAACUCGUACAGUCUGCAAAAACCCUUCCAUCAACAUUUACCAAAAUCUUGGGAGUUCUGAACAGUGAUCCUGUCUCACAAGCCAUUGAGUACUACACAACUUUUGUUAUGGACUGCCAUACAGAGGAUAAGGAAAACUGCAAAUCUGUGGUACACAAUCUAAAGCAGUUGCAGGCUAAUCCUCCUUCCCUGCAUGUCUCAGUAUGCACGGAGGUGCAGAAUUCCCUUGGAGAUACAUCAAAAGCUCAUGGGUCUAAUAUGGAUGGAGGAGAGCACAAUGCCUCUAAUGUUCCCGCAGACGAUAUUGAUUGGGACAUUUCAGUGGAUAAUAAUGGAAUUGAUUGGGAUAUCGGUGCUGUGGAACAACCUGUAGAAGUAUCUGGUGACGGUUUUGGAUCAUAUGAAAUUAUUGAUGCCAGUACAGAGUUGGCAGGUUCCGAAAAUUAUGAUGUUGGUAUUUCAGUCAAUCCUUCUGCUGACAAUGAAAACCUUACAUGCGAUACAUCUGAGGAUCUGAUUUGCUGGGACAUCUCUGCUGAUAAUCCUGAAGAAAAUGCUAUUACCCAGAAUGCUCCAACUGAACCAGGACAAUAUGAAAGUUUAACUGAAGAAAGAAGCCAGUUGCUGGAGAAGGAAUACAGAAAUAAUCUUCUGGAUGAUUUACUUGAGGUAAAAUCAUUCUUGACCCUACGCUUAGUGGAGAUUAGGAAUGCUGAUACAUCAUCUCUACAGCAUCAGGUGCAAGCUGUCUCGCCCUUUGCUCUUCAACAGUAUGCUCCUGACAGUUUGGAAACUAUGCUUUUAGAGGUCUCUUCAGCGAUCUCUUUGCUCACUAACCAGAAAACUCUUGACCUUAUAAUGAUCCUCAACUCUAAAAGGUUUUUGGACAGAUUGGUGUCAACCUUAGAAGAAAAGAAGCAUCAUGAGGUGAAACUGCGAGAAGGCUUAGGUGAUUUAUCAGUUAAGCGCAUGGAGCUGCAAAACGCACUGUCAUCCUCCUGGCCAAAGCAAGAGGCAGCGAUUACAAAGACAAGGGAACUAAAGAAGCUCUGCGAGGCAACACUGUCAUCUAUGUUUGAUAGCAGGCCUGUGCACAUAAUUGGAGAGAUCAAUACUUUACUCAGUUCCAGUGUUAGUCAAUUAGCUGUAUGAUUGUACCUUCUGUUCCGGAAUCAAAAUCUAGAGCAAGUUUAUUAUCUUAUGGUAUCUACUUUUCCCAACUUAUGGUCCUUGUUCUUGCCUUAUUUUUUGCUGCAACAAAUGUUCUUCAACUCAGCAUAUGGAUUUAAUUUCACGUGGAAUGUUGGACUUAAUCU